GUGGUGGGUAGUUCACCAAGCAUUAGGAGAACCAACCAACGAACUCCAACAUAACCUGCUUUUUGAAUUAGUAAAAAAAAUUAGUUCUUAUUAUGUUCCCGAGGCUAAACAAUCCUACACUAAUUAUUCCAUGCUCGGAACAGUCUCGGAAAUAGUAGAAAAGAGAUUUAAAGAAGGCAAAAGGAGAGGGCAAGUAUUUUACACUCUCAAACUAGGAGAACCUAAGGGAGAGAAGUUCCGAGCCUUACAAGAAGAUUUACCCCCUGCCAAAUGA